AUGACUACCUCAUCUCCAGGAGCGCAGGAAAUUGCAUCGCUUGGUAUCGAAAUGUCAUCGAGACAUGAUGAUGUUUCUGAACAGACUGCGCAAGAUGAAUACGUCUACAUUGCAGAUAGAUACAACUUGCUUCGGCGGAUCAUCUUCAUCAUGACGGUGUGUUCAUCCAUGUUUACCAAUCAAUUGGGCCUAUGCAACAGCCUCACGACUCUCGAAAUAAUCGGCGAUUCCUUUGGUGUCACUGCUCCUGGUCAACUCUCGUGGACAGUAUCUGGCUAUGGCUUGACUCUAGGCACAUUCGUGUUGAUCGGGGGACGUUUGGGCGACGAGUUUGGCAACAAGGCAAUUUUCAUCAUCGGCAUGGGCUGGCUUGCCUUGACCAGCAUGAUGGCAGGAGCCUCUGUCUAUUCCAGCUGGCCCGUCUUCGUCCUUGCUCGUGUCCUGCAGGGCCUCGGUCCCGCCUUAACUGUGCCUAAUGCACUCGCUAUCUUCGGCAAAUGCUUCUCGCAGGGCCCUCGUAACAUGGGGUUCGCAUGGUUUGCUGCAUCAGCUCCAGUCGGUGCGAUGGCCGGUCUCCUCUUUGGGGCCCUCUUCGCCAUGGCGUGGUGGCCAUGGAUAUACUGGAGUCAGGCUUUGGGGGUUGCCUUUCUCUUCGUGCUCGCCAUAUUUGCAAUUCCAGACAUGCCUCUUGAGGGUGAGCAAAAGCAGCGACGAACGAUACGCGAAACCUUGGACCGCCUUGAUCUCCCGGGAGGUGUCACCGGGGUGACAGCCCUGGUUCUGUUCAACUUCGCCUGGAAUCAGAGCCUGGUUACUACGUGGGAUGAACCCUAUGUGUACGUGUGUCUCAUCCUCAGCUUUCUUUUCCUGGCGGCGUUUCUUUACAUCGAAAUCCGCCUAGCUCGCUAUCCAAUUCUACCUGUCGCCGUCCUCACCUCCGACAUCGCCUUCGUCUUCGGUUGUACAGCAGCCGGCUGGUCCACAUUUGGCAUCUGGCUCUUCUACGUCAUCCGGAUAUGCCUCAAUAUCGGUGGCCAAACCCCCAUCCAACUAGCUGCAUGGCUCUCUCCCAUCCUCGUCACCGGCAUAUCAACAGCAUUGAUAGUAGGCAAAAUAAUCACCAAGGUUCCCGCCCCAUUCAUCAUGUUGUUUGCAAUGCUGUGUUACUUCCUGACCUCCCUUCUCAUGGCCCUGCGACCUGUACAUUCGACGUACUGGACCUACUUCUUCUUCGCCACCAUCAUUGCCACCUUCGCCAUGGAUUCAUCAUUGCCUGCUGCCACUAUCAUCUUCUCGAAUGCAGUGCCGAGACAGUACCAGGGGAUGGGAUCUAGUGUGAUCAUGACGAUCGUUGUCUAUAGUAUCUCGCUCGGUCUGGGUUUCGCUGGUACUAUUGAACUCCAGAUCAACAAUGGCGGACACACGAAGGCAGAAUUGCUGCAUGGUUAUCGGGGUACUCUCUGGUUCUCGGUCGGUCUGACGGCAUUCGGCACGGUCCUUGCCCUUAUUUUUCUACUCAAAGAUCAGCACAGACGGAAGCGGACCAGGAAUCAAGACGAAGAGGAAAAGAAUGAUUCAUCGGAAAGUUGA